CUAAGCAUCAUCACAUCCCAACCAGCCAACCAGUCAAGAUGAAGUUCCUUCUUCUGGCAGCUUUCGUAGCGGUGUGCACUGCUUCCACAGUGUACAGAAACCGAAACAUCUCCGUCAACGACGAUGGCAGCAUCUUGAUCACCUCACCAACAGGUAAACGCGUAGUCAUUACCAGACCUGUGGGAGCCAACGGCCAAAGAAACAUCGACAUCUCCGUCUCCGGCCCCAACAUCCCAACCAAAACCAUCCAAAUCAACGACAAUAAUAACCUCUACGACUCCGAAUACGGUUAUGGUGGGUAUCCUUACUCUUCAUACGACAGUGUCAACGAGGAGUACAGGAGCAAGAGGGGAUCCAAGAGCAAGAGUCAAGGAGACAUCCUCGGGGAGAUCUUGAGGGAGUACCAAGGUGUCGUCAACGAGGCCCAAUAUGAAGUUCUUUUGAACAGAAUCAACAAGGCUGUGAAGAAAGGAGAAGUCAGUCCUCAGGUGUACGAUUUGUUGGAAGGGCUCGACCAACAAGGCUACCGCGGAUAUGGGUCUGGAUAUGGUUACGGAUCUGGGUCUGGGUAUGGUUACGGAUCUGGGUAUGGUUAUGGUUCUGGCUAUGGACCAUCAUACGGGGGCUAUUAUGGUUACGGAUCCUACCUCCCGUGGUGGUACCCGCGCAGCUACUACAGCGGCCAACAAUACGGACCAUCAUACUAUGGCAACUCUUACAACUAUGGUAAAGGCCAGUACUAUGGCAGCUCUCGCUAUGUCAACCCUCUUUUGCAAAAAUACUUGUAUGGCAGUCAGGGCAACUACGGUGACUACUACUACAACCAAGGUGGUUACGGAUACAUUCCUUACAAAACAUACUCUAAAGGAUAUCUUGGCAAAAACUCCGUUUUAGGGCAGUACUACUACCCCCAAGUUCCGUACACUUAUCGUGGAGUUUCCGAUGCUCUUGACACUAUUAACCAGUUGAAAGAGGAACAAGCUAUUGAAGGUUUGGCUGAAUUGGGACAAGAACAAGAAAUUGUUCCAUAUGGUGGCUUCUACGAUUAUUAUUACAACUCUCCUUACUACAGAGGUUAUCGUGAGAGACAACCUCUUGGAGUAAGAAGCUCUUACCUCAACACUAUUCCUCAAGUGCAAGUAUAUUGAACUGAUUAAAUGGAUGUUUUAUUUGAAAUGGCAAUUGUAAUUAUGUGCAUUGGGAAAUAAAUAUUGAUUUAUAACAA